GCACUGUGACGUCACAUGGAGCCGUCCAGGAAAUUCCCUCCUGUCCUUCAGUCCACACGUGUGCAACUUUCUCAAAGUUGCGCGAGAGUCCUGCCUGCUGUACGUUCCUCUUGCGUCUCUGACAUGGAGGAAAUGUUGUCCUUCAGGGAUGUGGCCAUUGAGUUCUCUGCAGAAGAGAGGGACUGCCUGGAGCCUGCUCAGUGGAAUUUGUACAGGGAUGUGAUGUUGGAGAAUUACAGCAACCUUGAGUUCCUUGGUCUUGCUGUGUCUAAGCCACACCUGGUGACAUUUCUGGAGCAAAGACAAGAAUCUUCAGAUAUGAAGAGACAAGCAGCAGCCAACAUGUAUCCAGGAACAACAUUCAAUGAUUAUAACGAUUACAGCAAGGGUAUUGACUGCAACUCAUUAAGUAUUCAACGCCAGAGAAUUCAUACAAGGGAGAAACCCUACCAGUGUAAAGAAUGUGGUAAGGGCCUUAGUUCUUAUAAAACACUUUCCAUACACCAGAGACUUCAUACUGGAGAAAAAUCCUACACAUGUAAGGAAUGUCAUAAGGCCUUUAAUACUCGAUCAUCACUUUUUAUACACCAGAAAAAUCAUACUGAUGAAAAAACCCACAAGUGUGAAGAAUGUGGCAAAUUAUUUUACUAUCCUUCAAUGCUGAAGCAACAUCAAAGAAUUCAUUCUGGAGAGAAACCCUACAAGUGUAAAGUAUGUGGCAAAGCUUUUUAUGAACCUAAAUUGCUGAAUCGACAUCAAAUAAUUCAUUCUGGAGAGAAACCCUACAAGUGUGAACAAUGUGGCAAAGCUUUUUGUUAUCCUUCAUUCCUGAAGCAUCAUCAAAAAAUUCAUUCUGGAGAGAAACCCUACAAGUGUGAAGAAUGUGGCAAAUCCUUUUACACUCCUUCAGUGCUGAAGCAUCAUCAAAUAAUUCACUCUGCAGAGAAACCAUGCAAGUGUGAAGAGUGUGGCAGUUUUUUUUCUUCAUUUUCAUACCUUAGACAACAUCAAACAAUUCACUCCAAAGACAAUCCCUACAAGUGUGAGGAGUGUGGCAAAAGGUUUUUCCAUUCUGCAAUCCUUCAGAACCAUUAUAAAAUUCAUGGAGAGAGACGAUACAAGUGUGAAGAAUGUCACAAAACCUUUGUUUUUCACUCAGAUCUUAAGAGACACAAGGUGGUUCAUACUGGACAGAAACAAUACAAGUGUGAAGAGUGUGGCAAAUAUUUUUCCGCAGCUUCAUCCCUUAGACGACAUCAAAUAAUUCACUUUGAAGACAACCCUUACAAGUGUGAAGAGUGUGGCAGAUGUUUUUACUCAUAUUUAUCCCUUAGAGGACAUCAAAUAAUCCAUUCUGAAGACAAUCCUUAUACCUGUGUACAAUGUGGCAAACGAUAUUCCUGUUCUAGGGAUCUUAAGGAACAUCAAACACUUCAUACUGGAGAGAAAUUGUACAAGUGUGAAGAAUGUGGUAAAGCCUUUCAUUUUCAGUCAUCUCUUAGGAGACACAAGGCAAUUCAUAUUGGAGAGAAACCCUACAAAUGUGAAGAAUGUCACAAAGCCUUUCCUUAUCUCUCAUCACUUAGGAGACACAAGAGAGUUCAUAGUGAAGAGAAACCCUACAAGUGUGAAGAAUGUCACAAAGCCUUUCAUUAUCUCUCAUCCCUUCAUAUACACAAGAAGGGUCAUAGUGGAGAGAAACCCUACAAGUGUGAUAAAUGUCACAAAGCCUUUCUUUAUCCCUUAUCCCUUAGGAGACACAAGACAGUUCAUACUGGAGAAAAUCAUCACGGUGAGCCAUUCAGGAAAUUCCCUUCUGGCCUUCAGUCUACACGUGAGCAGUUUACCCAAAGUUGGGCGCGAGUCCUGCCUGCUGUACGUUCCUGUUUCGUCUCUGACAUGGAGUUCUUGACUGAUGUGGCUGCUGUGGUUCCAUUCCUGGGUCUUUUUCUGCAGCUGCAGCUGGGAUGCCUUCCCCUGUCCUUACUCCAGAGGUUCCACUGUGUGCAGAUGCUUCUUACAGAAAUGCUGUCCUUCUGGGAUGUGGCCAUUGAGUUCUCUGCAGAAGAGAGGGACUGCCUGGAGCCUGCUCAGUGGAAUUUGUACAGGGAUGUGAUGUUGGAGAAUUUCAGCAACCUUGUGUUCCUUGGUCUUGCUGUGUCUAAGCCACACCUGGUGACAUUUCUGGAGCAAAGACAAGAAUCUUCAGAUGUGAAGGGACAAACAGCAGCCAACGUGCACCAAGGAACAACACCCAAUGAUUAUAACAUUUACAAAAAGGCCAUUGAUUGUAACUCACCGUAUAUUCCACACCAGAGAAUUCAUACAAGGGAGAAACCCUACAAGUGUGAAGAGUGUGGUAAGGGUCUUAGUUCUCAUAAAACACUUUCCAUACACAAGAGACUUCAUACUGGAGAAAAAUCCUACACGUGUAAAGAAUGUCAUAAGGCCUUCAAUACUCGCGCAUCACUUUUUAUACACCAGAAAAAUCAUACUGAUGAAAAAUCUUACAAGUGUGAAGAAUGUGGUAAAUCAUUUUACUAUCCUUCAAUGCUGAAGCAACAUCAAAGAAUUCAUUCUGGAGAGAAGCCCUAUAAGUGUGAAAAAUGUGGCAAAGCUUUUUAUGAUCCUUCAUUCCUGAAACAACAUCAAAGGAUUCAUUGUGGAGAGAAACCCUACAAGUGUGAAGAAUGUGGCAAAGCUUUUUAUGAAUCAUCAUUCCUUCAGGUACAUCAACGAAUUCAUACUGCAGAGAAACCCUACAGGUGUGAAGAGUGUGGCAAGUGUUUUUGUUCAUCUUCAUCUCUUAGAGGACAUCAAACAAUCCAUUCUGAAAACAAUCCGUACAAGUGUGAAGAGUGUGGCAAAAGGUUUUCUUACUUUGCACACCUCAAACAACAUCAGACAGUCCAUACUGGAGAGAAAUCAUACAAGUGUGAGGAGUGUGGUAAGUGCUUUUCCUUAUCUUCAUCCCUUAGACGACAUCAAACAAUUCACUGUGAAGACAAUCCUUACAAGUGUGAAGAGUGUGGCAGAUGUUUUUACUCAUCUUUAUCCCUUAGAAGACAUCAAAUAAUCCAUUCUGAAGACAAUCCUUAUACCUGUUUACAAUGUGGCAAACGGUUUUCCUAUUCUAGAAGUCUUCAAGAACAUCAAACAGUUCAUACUGGAGAGAAACUAUACAAAUGUGAGGAAUGUAACAAAGCCUUUCGUUACCACUCAGGCCUUAGGAAACACAAGAGAGUUCAUACUGGAGAGAAACUAUACACGUGUGAAGAGUGUGAUGAUGUUUUUCCUCAUCUUCAUCCCUUAGAUGACAUAAAAAGGAAAAAAGAAAACUCAUUCUGAAGAGAAUCUCUAAAAGUGGGCGGAAUGUGAUAAAGACUUUGCUAAUUUUUGUAUCCUUACUCAACAUAUGAUAUAGUUCAUACAGGAGAGAAAUCCUGCAAACGUUCUAAAAAUUUUAUCUCUUCAACCCUUAAAAUACAUUAAAUGAUUCAUUCUGACUGCAAACUCCAUGAGUGUGUGAAGUGUGGUUAAAGUCUUUGCUAAGAAUUCAGGUCUUAUCCAACUUUAAUGACUCCAUAGUGGAGAAUAUUAGGUUAAUUAUUUAGAAUGUCAACAGGAACCUCUAACUUCCAAGAGCACAAACACUAAGCUUGUCAUCAGAGAAGAGUAGACUUCUCUUUGCUGUGACCUCCAACAGUGUGUUCUAGCAGUGUGUUUGAAACUUGCCUUGACUAAUGAGUCUCUUUCUUCUGCAACUAUAAAUGUUCCCUGAAACCUUUA